GUCGGGUUUCUACUUUUACAAUUAAUACAAUGAAUCUUCUGGGCAUAUUUACGUUAUGUGCAGUGUUUCUACUAUCGAACGCCAGCGAAAAGAAAGAUGAAAAGAUCACAGACAGUAAACCAGUAGAGUCCGAAAAGAAACAGGAAAAACGCGGACUCGAAUUAGGUUACGGUGGUGGUCACGAUUUCGGUGGCGGCGGUGGUGAAGAACAUGGACUUAGCUAUGGUGGUCAUGGCCACGAAGAACAUGUUAAGACCGUAACGGUCUAUAAAAAUGUUCCAGUGCCUUAUCCAGUUACAAAGGAAGUUCCAUAUCCCGUAGAGAAAACUGUACAUUAUCCUGUCAAAGUGCCAGUUCCACAACCCUACCCAGUUGAAAAGAAGGUUCAUGUACCAUACACUGUACAUGUUAAAGUACCUGUAGCUAUCCACAAACCUAUCCCUGUUGAAAAACCAGUUCAUGUACCAGUGAAGGUGCAUGUCGACAAGCCAUACCCAGUUAAAGUUCUGGUCCCACAACCCUACCCAGUUGAAAAAACCGUCCAUGUCCCAUACAAAGUAAUUGUUCCACAACCUUAUCCAGUAGAAAAAAAAGUGCACUAUCCAUUUAAAGUACCAGUACACAUACCCAAACCAUACCCAGUUGAAAAAAUCGUUCCCUACCCAGUCAAAGUACAUGUCGACAGACCAUACCCAGUACAUGUACCACAGCCAUACCCAGUGCACGUUGAAAAGAAGGUCGCAUACCCAGUCGAGAAACCAGUACCAUACCCAGUCAAAAUACAUGUUGACAGACCAAUCCCAUACCCAGUAGAAAAACCAGAACCUUAUCCAGUCAAAGUGCCUGUGCCAGCUCCUUAUCCAGUGGAGAAGAAAGUACCAUACCCAGUAGAAAAAGCAGUGCCCUACCCAGUUAAAGUACCAAUUUUCAACCCAGUCCCUUACACCGUUGAAAAGAAGGUGCCCUACGUAGUAGAAAAACACGUUCCAGUACCAGUAAAAGUACCCGUUCACGUUCCAGUCCAUCACGAGGAAGAAUAUGGACAUGGUUCCGAGGGCGGCGGUUACGAGGGAGGCGGUGGAGAGCACGGAGGAGACUAUGGUGGCCAUGAAGAAGGCGGCCAUGAAGGCGGCGGCGAAGAAUAUGGUGGUCACUAAUUUCCACUAAGUGAUAUUCCCUGAAUCUUUUAUUUUCCUCUCAGUAUUAUGUUGUUUCUUUUUAAGUCUUUAUUUGUUAAUAA